UCGAAACAAUGAUGGCGGCGAUCAGAACUGUACAGCUUUCUCGCAAUGUUUUUUCAAAAGCCGUGUUCGGCCGAAACUUCAGCCUUUCUGUACCUGUAUCUGCGCAAAUGACUGUGCGUGAUGCUCUUAACUCGGCUCUUGAUGAAGAAAUAGACAGGGAUGAAAGGGUUUUCCUCUUAGGUGAAGAGGUUGCUAUGUAUGAUGGCGCAUACAAAAUUAGCAGAGGACUGUGGAGAAAAUGGGGAGACAAACGAAUUAUAGACACGCCAAUUACAGAAAUGGGAUUUGCAGGUAUUGCUGUUGGAGCAGCAAUGGCUGGUUUGAGACCUGUGUGUGAAUUUAUGACAUUUAAUUUUUCAAUGCAAGCUAUAGAUCAAGUCAUUAAUUCAGCAGCUAAAACAUUGUACAUGUCUGCUGGACAAGUUCAAGUUCCCAUAGUAUUUCGAGGUCCAAAUGGAGCGGCUGCUGGUGUUGCAGCACAGCAUUCACAGUGUUUUGCUGCAUGGUAUAGUCACUGUCCUGGUUUGAAAGUGGUCAGUCCAUAUUCCGCUGAUGCUAGAGGGUUAUUAAAAUCUGCUAUUAGAGAUCCUCCAGUGGUUGUUCUUGAAAAUGAGCUUAUGUACGGUCAUUCUUUCGAAGUGUCUGAUGGGAUUUUGUCACCGGACUUCUUGAUUCCUAUUGGUAAAGCCAAGGUGGAAAGAGAAGGUAGCAACAUUACAUUGGUUUCACAUAGUAAACAUGUCGGAAUAUGUUUAGAUGUAGCCAAAGAAUUGAAUGAAGAUGGCAUUUCCUGUGAGGUUAUUAACUUGCGCUCCAUUCGACCAUUGGAUUUUGAUACUAUAAAAGAAUCUGUGAAGAAGACUCACCAUUUAAUCUCUGUUGAAGGAGGCUGGCCACAAUCAGGAGUUGGAGCUGAAAUACUUGCAUGCCUUAGUGAAAGUGAUGCAUUUGAUUACCUCGAUUCACCAGCUGUUCGCCUCACAGGUGCUGAUGUACCUAUGCCAUAUGCUGCUACAUUAGAACAAACAUCUUUACCCCAAUCUCACAAUAUUGUGGGUGCCGUCAAGAGAGUCUUGGGAAUCCAAUAGUAUAAGUAUGCUAUAGCAGCUGUGUAUAUACAUAGAACUAUCUAGAGACUACUGGGACAGCAAUACAAUUGCAUCACAAAUACAGCUAUCAUCUUGUAGGGUUACCAUUAUUUAUUAAUCCAUGUAAUACUGAGUUAAAAUUACCUGUGUGCUACCAAAUGCAUACACAUAAAGAUAGCUUUCAAAUAGUGUUAAAUGGAUUACAAAAAAUUAAGUUCACACUGCUUGAAUGGAUUGUUUUGUAUAUGCUACACCAUCAAGUUUUUGAUUUCAAGUUGCAAACAAUUUUACAAAAUCUAAAUUUGAAUUCUGCUUCUUUGAUAUGUUCAUGGGGGUAACUUUAAAUCCUGGAAUACCAUGUCUAAUUUAUACUUAAAACCAAUUGACUGAAAUAUUAAAUAUUCUAAACUGUUAAGUUCUUUGACUGCAAUUCCUAUUAUCUCAAGUUAAAUCCUGUUCUGUUUGUUCGCCAUCUUUUUUAUUUACAUGAUUACAUGAUUCCUGUUUUAUUUUUAAUGAUAUGCAUGCAGUUUGCAAGAUUCUCAUUGUCCAACACUUGUAGAUUCCUGUAAAAAUUUUAAGUAGCAAGAGUGUGAUGAUAUUCAACUGCUGUGAUGUUUUAAGGAAAAAAAGUAUGAUGUUUUAAAAUAAUUCAUUGAUGUUAAUAAUAUGCUGGGUAUUUAUAAGCAGUAGACCUCAAUAAACUAUUUCAUACAAC